AUGAGUAAACGUCUCUCGAGACGUACCUAUGCCGUGGCCUUUGCCCUCGUCUUGUUUCUAUUCUUCGCCUUUGAAAAACUCGCCUCUCCCCGCCGCCUCGAUGUGCGCUUCCUCCAGCUUGGAGAAACUCAGUGGAAAGGAUACGCGCGCCCAGCGCGCCUCACAACUGUCAUGGCCCACCAACCCGGGUUUACCGUCUUCGAGAAUCUGUACUGGCAGAACGACUCGUUCUACAUCGUCACGGACCAGCCGUGGACCAUCCCAAAUGUGGACCACAUUGCGAUCCGGUCGACGCCGAAACACGACGGCGUUCCGACAGCCGAUAAAGCUGUGCGGAUCCUCGCUAUCCGCGAGCCAGGUAUUAACGCGUUCGUGCGCGAGGAGAACCAGCUCGGCACGAGUAUCCUUCUCGAGGAUGCGGUCGAGCUCACCUCGUCCGCCGAGGACCUUCCCUCACCCCUCCUUCUAAACUACGACGACAUGUUCGUCUGCCACUACUACCACUGGAUUGGCGAGACCUUCCUCGGCGCAUGGCGUAUCUGGAGCCACUACCGAUACCGCGCAGGCGCGGUGCUCGACGACUUCAAGGUUGUCUCGUUCCCCUACAUGUAUGAUCUGGACAAAACGCCCAAGGGCCUUAACUACGACCACCAGUGGGAAGACCACGCCGGUGCCAACAGGUUCUUUAUGGAAAAGUGGUUCCCGGGGAUUACGAUCGAAUCGCGAACGACCUGGGAAGCCCGCGCCGCGUCCAACAAGCUAUAUCGCAUGCCCACCGUGGUGCUCGCUAACCGGUGGGCCGGGCAUCGCGGGCCAUCUUCGGCGUGGAAGCCGUGGGGCGACGUCCUCCGCAUGCCCGUCCAUCCGGGCUACCUCCUCAACCUUCGGCAACGCGUGCUCAAGGGAUACAAUGGGCCUGUGAAACUACACCCCACCCGUCGCCCGCGAGUUAAGUACCUCACGCGCCAGGAGACCAACCGGCGCCUCACCGGCGCGGCACAUGAGGCGCUCGUCGAAGAGAUGCUCAAGCUUGAUAGGGAGGGCCUGGUUGAGUUCAGCAUGCUGCACUUUGUCGAUGGCGACUCGUUCCCGGACCAGGUCGCGCAGAUCGCGAGCACCGACUUCCUCAUUGCCGUGCAUGGAAACGGCCUCACGCAUAGUUUGUGGAUGACGCCUGGGCCGUGCAAGGCCGUGUUUGAGCUGCAGCCGAAACCGUGUUCCCUAAACGAUUUCAGUCCCCUAGCAAUUGCGGCGGGAGUCGUGCACUACCUGGUCACCGAAGACAGUAUGUGCACGCCCCUCGAGUGCGCCGACCGUGGAUGUCAGGGCCACCCUGAUGGGGUUAACCGUGCCAAUAUUGUCGUCGACCCGCAGUUGAUCUCGCACCAGAUCCGCCACAUCAUUGCGCGGCACUGGCGGGAUGGCAGCGAGGUGGAAUAG